UUAACUAUUAUUAAUAGUUUCCCAACUCUGAAUCUGUUGUCAUUUGUUUCAUUUCCCUCGUAAAUGAAAAAUAUAUUUUUAAAAUUAUAAUUGUACAAAUAAAAACGCAAUUAAUUGGUACAUUAUAAAAAUAGUUUCAUUAUUAGAUUGUAUUAAGAUAAUUUAAGAUAAAACAAAAAAGAAAAUGUUUACACAAAGUACAACAUUGGGGAAUACGACAACGUCGUCUUCAAAUCCAAUGAAAGAUUUUGAAGUUGUAUCACCACCAGAUGAUUCUAUAUCGAGUUUGGCCUUCAGUCCAGCGACAUUGCCGCAAAAUUUUCUUGUCGCUGGCUCAUGGGAUUGUAAUGUUCGUUGUUGGGAGGUUGAACAAACGGGAAAAACAAUUCCAAAAUCAAUGCAAACAAUGGGAGGACCUGUUCUUGAUGUUUGUUGGAGUGAUGACGGGACAAAAGUAUUUAUGGCAGCUUGUGACAAAAUGGUAAAAUGUUGGGAUUUAGGUUCAAAUCAAAGUAUUCAAGUUGCUGCUCACGAUGCACCGGUUAUGACAUGUCACUGGAUUAAAGGGACAAAUUAUUCUUGUUUAAUGACUGGUUCAUGGGAUAAAACUUUAAAGUUUUGGGAUACUCGCAGUCCAAAUCCAAUGUUAACAAUCAAUUUACCCGAAAGAUGUUAUUGUGCUGAUGCGGAUUAUCCAAUGGCAGUUGUGGGAACUGCUGGUAGGGGUUUAAUAAUUUAUCAAUUGGAAGGAACACCACAUGAAUAUAAAAGAGUUGAAUCGCCCUUGAAAUAUCAACAUCGUUGUCUCGCUAUUUUUCGCGAUAAGAAAAAAGAGCCAACUGGUUUUGCUUUGGGUAGUGUCGAAGGAAGAGUUGCUAUUCAAUAUGUAAAUCCUACAAAUCCAAAAGAAAAUUUCACAUUUAAAUGUCAUCGAUCAAAUGGAGCGCCAAAUGGAUAUCAAGAUAUUUAUGCGGUGAAUGACAUUGCAUUUCAUCCCGUUCAUGGAACAUUGGCAACAGUUGGUAGUGAUGGAACAUUUAGUUUUUGGGACAAGGAUGCACGUACAAAAUUGAAACCAUCAGAGCCAAUGGAACAGCCAAUAACACGUUGUUGCUUUAAUCACAAUGGUCAAAUAUUUGCUUACGCUGUUUCCUAUGAUUGGUCAAAGGGACACGAAUUUUAUAAUCCAGCAAAGAAAAAUCACAUUUUCCUACGAUCAUCGUACGACGAAAUGAAACCAAGAACAACAUCAUAAAAUUACUGAAUUUUAAAAAAACAAUCUCAAAGUUGUAUAGACAUUUUUUUUUUAAUACCGCAAUUUUUUCUUGAUAUUUUUAUACAAAAAAAAAAAAAAAAAAAAAUUAUUCAAUUUCGACUGAGAAAUAAAUAAUUUACAUUUUUCUAAUUAAAUUGCAGUUAGCGUAGAGAUAUUUUUUUACCAAUAAAGAUUCUAGCUACAUUGUAAAAUGUGAAUAUAGUUUUGUGUAUUUCAUAAAAAUUUGUUAAAAAAAUAUUGUUACCUUCAUUUUUGAUUUCAAAUUUGUAAUUUUAAUUUUAAUAUGUAAAAAGUGAAAAUUAGUAUAAAAAUAAAAAUAAAACUGACGACAUCUAUUGAAUUGAAA